AUGGAGGGUAUGCCACCAGGGUUUCGAUUCUAUCCAACCGAGGAAGAACUGCUUUCAUUUUAUCUCAAUAACAUGUUAGAAGGAAAGAGAGAAAACCUCAACAAUCUUAUUAACAACCGAGUCAUCCCGGUUGUCGACAUUUAUGGCUACAAUCCAACCGAUCUCCCACAGUUGUCGGUUUCUUUGUGCCACAAGGACACAGAGCAGUGGUUUUUCUUUGUCCCGAGAAAUGAAAAUGAAGCUCGAGGAGGGAGGCCCAAGAGGCUAACGGAUUCUGGGUAUUGGAAGGCUACUGGUUCGCCUAGUUUAGUUUAUGCUUCUGAUGAUCGACCAAUUGGGUUUAAGAGAACCAUGGUUUUCUACAAUGGAAGGGCUCCAAGUGGGCAGAAAACUGAUUGGAAGAUGAAUGAAUAUAAAGCUUUCCAUGGAGAAGUAUCCUCGGUUGCGCUCGCUAAUGGUGCACAACUUCCUCCUCUGAGACAAGAAUUUAGCUUGUGUCGGGUGUAUAAGAAAUCAAAAUGCUUAAGAUCGUUCGACAGGCGACCAUUGGCAGGUGCAGUGCAGAUAAGCCGGCAAGUUCCUCAACACGUUAAAUAUGGUUUUGAGUUGACAGAAAGCUUACCAGUGAGUUCAUCUUUGGGUGAUAAAGGCAAUCAAAUAACUCAAACCGGAGAAAAUAAUGACGACGACUAUUCCUUUUGGACUAUAGAUGGGUACUGGGGUCUAAAUAAUUGA